AUGCAACGAUAUCAAUCAUUGUUAUUUGAUGACAAAAUAUCGAAUUUUAGUAAUAAUCUAUUUUUAUUUAUGCGUGUGUUGAAGACUCAUGUAGCAAUUUCAAUACUUUAUUUUGGUAUUGAGUUCGACGAAUUUAAUAAUACUAUAUCGUCACUGUUGGCAACGUUACCAACUCCAAAUAGAACUAAAUUGUAUGAACAAGAUUGGUUAACUUUUGUUUAUAAAUUAUCAGGAAUUGCUAAUGGUAGUGGUGAUCAUCAACUGUUGUUACUUGAUCGUUUAACAUAUCCAACGUAUCAUUUUAAAGCCAAACAUUUAUUUUAUGAUCGACCAAUAAGUAGUCAUAGUCUCGAUAAAUUUAUCGAUCGAUUAGCAUCGGGUGAUGGUCAAAUUAUUAUGAUAUUUAUUCCUUGGGAUGGAUAUUUAAGUACAAUUCCAGUUGAUGAAACAGCAUUUCCACAUAGACAUUUUAAAUUUGGUAUUCAGUUCCAAGUUUCUUCUAAUGAUGAGCAACAUGAAAAAGAACAAAUGAAUUGGUUAAAUCAAGUAUAUUUGGCUGUCUACAAUGAUUCAACAAAACAUUCAUAUGUUAAUUACAUUGAUAGAGAUGUGCCGAAUUGGAUGAAUGUUUAUCAUCACACACAUCAACAACGAUUAAUUAAUAUUCAACAUAUGUAUGAUAAGAAUAACAGAUUUUAUUUCGAAAAAACAAUAGAAGAAUCAAACGGAGGAAAUCAACACAUAUUUUUGAACUUUCAUCUUGCAAGUUUUGUGUUUGUCGUAUUUUUCAUCGUAUGA